AUGGCUGAUUGCGAAUCUAUGUCUCUCGAUGUCAAAGGUCCACAUUUCCACGUGGAACCACCUACUCGAGUGGAAUUCUCCAACAACAGUGGCACUGAAGUGCGGUGUAGAGCCGACGGAGCACCAACUCCCAUAAUCAGUUGGAUAAACAAGGAAGGCACUGUCGCUCGAGAUAUUCCUGGAUUGCGCCAUACUCGGUCAGAUGGCACUUUGGUCUUGCUGCCAUUCCGCAGAUCUGAGUAUCGGCAAGAUGUCCACGACACCGUUUAUCAGUGUUCUGCUGCAAACAAAGGAGGCUCAAUUUUAAGUCGAGAAGUUCACGUCAGAGGAGUGAUAAAACAGGAAUUUGAGCCCCAAGUUUACGACGACUUUGUUGUUCUUGGUAAUACUGCUGUUCUGCGCUGUCAUCUUCCUCUGGUCGUACGAGAAUAUGUGUCGGUUGAUUCUUGGAUUAGAGAUGAUCAGCAAAUACUGAAACGAAAUGAUAUGAAAGGAAAUUCUUAUACAGUAUUAAAUUCGGGAGAGUUACUACUCCAUGCCGUUCAAGAAAAAGAGUCUAAAAGAACUUAUUUGUGCCAAACAAGACACAGGGUAACUGGAGAAAUGGUUCUUAGCGCGAGUUCUGGAAAAGUAGUUGUUUCAGAUUCUCAAAUUUCAACUCUUCCGAAAGUAACCCUUAACAAUCCUCAAGUCAGAGCUGAAGAAAACAGUUUUGCACAACUGCCUUGUGUUGCUCAAGGAACACCCCCACCUAGUUACAAGUGGAUGAAAGACGUAUCCGGUGUCUUGCGUCCCAUAAAAGAAGAUGGACGAAUAUGGAUUAACCAAGGAGUGCUGAAUAUAAAACACAUACAGUUUUCGGAUGGAGGCAUAUACCAAUGCAUUGUCAGAAACAGUAUAGGAGAAAGACGGAUUGAAAGCGUAUUAAGCGUUACGGCUCGCAUUUCUGUGAGUAUAUGGCCGCAGAGACAAGUCCUAAUCAUCGGACAAGAGGCGACAUUCAACUGCAAUGCCACGGGGUACCCUAUUCACAAUAUCUUGUGGAAGAGAAACCAGAGACCACUAUUGUCAAACAGCAGGGUUCGACUUUUGUCACGUGACGUCAUGCACAUAUCGUCUGUCAGGAGGGAAGAUGCUGGAAUGUAUCAAUGUUUCAUCUACAAUGAGAUUGAUGUAGCUCAAGGUACUGCAGAGCUAACAAUAUCUGAUGUGGCCCCGACUUUGAUUACCGCUUUUACGGAGAAAACUGCAAAACCAGGAGAUACAAUCUCUUUAAAUUGCGUCACUGCCGGUAAUCCACUUCCGCUCCUCACUUGGCACAGAGACGAUGUCCCCCUGCCGCCGGGCCCCCGAAUUACCGCAGCAGAUCGUGUGGACGACUCGGGACACGUGAUUGGCAUCCUCAACAUCAGCGAUGCUCGAGUCGAAGACGGCGGGGAAUAUCGAUGUCAAGGCGAUAACGAUAUUGGGAGUGCUUUCCAUGCGGCACGUCUCAAUAUUUAUGGACCGCCAUUUGUCCGAACUAUGGGAAAUGUGACUGCAAUUGCUGGCCGGGAUCUCAAGAUCCGCUGCCCCUAUGGUGGAUAUCCCAUUAAGGGGAUUAAAUGGUAUAAAAAUGAUGUCCUUCUAGCUAUGAGUCAAAAGCACAAAAUCAGUCCUAGCGGGACACUAACCAUCUUGAAUGUACAAAGAUCCGCAGAUAAAGGAGAAUACACAUGUAAGGUCAAGAGUCCUGAUGGACAGCUUGCUUAUGGAAAGGUGCAUGUUUCUGUUGUAGUACCACCACUUAUUGAUGGUUAUUACCUGCGGGAGACAAUAACAGUGGACGAAGAUUCACGAACAAAACUUAUGUGCGUGGUUAUUAAAGGCGAUCCCCCAAUCAGAUUUCACUGGCUAAAGAAUGGCCAAACUUUCCUAGCUCAUGGAGAUACCACCGUGCAGACCUUUGAUGACACAUCCAUUGUAACUUUCAACAAGGUGCUCUCCAAUGACAGAGGACGAUACACGUGCGUCGCGACAAAUCCAGCUUCAUCUUUCAAUAGAACAAUGCAGCUCAUAGUGAAUGUUCCUCCAUCAUGGAUUUCAGAGCCUAAAAACUCGUCUGCUGUGCUGGGUAAUGCUGCAUGGUUGGACUGCUCAGCAAAUGGUUUCCCAACUCCUAGUAUCAUUUGGAAAAAACUCAUUCAUCAAGACGGCAGUACAGAAGACUUCACGUACGUGCAUUCAAAUGCGCGUGCGCAUCGCUAUAGUAACGGAACAUUGUAUAUAUCUGAUAUUGAAGAAAGCGAUGGAGGCCCUUACCUAUGUCAAGCUAAUAAUGGAAUAGCAGCAGGUCUCAGUAAAGUUAUAUGGCUUCAGGUUUUAGUUCCUCCGAAAUUUGUAGAGCCACAUCAAACAAAAAUUGUAGCUGAACAUUUCAACGCCACACUGAGGUGCACAGCCAUCGGUCACACGCCGAUUGUUAUAACGUGGCAUAAGAAUAAGUCUUUGAUUGAGAUAAGCAAGCGAGGAAGAUUUUCUAUAAGAGACAUAGCUGAUUCUCAACAAACAAUGUCAGAACUGAAUAUAAUUAAAACACAGCGAAACGAUUCAGGAGUCUAUAACUGUCUAGCUGUGAGCGACAUUGGAACUGCUGAGGCCUCAAUAGAAUACAUAGUUCAAGGCAAGCCCGAUCCACCAAGUAAUAUCAGAGUUGUGAACACAACCAGUCGAUCUGUAAGUGUCCAGUGGGAAUUUAGCCACAAUGGGAAUAACCCAAUUAAGAGAAGUAUUGUGCAAUACCAAAACAUAUCCGGUACCACUUGGAGCAAUCAGACCUCCCAAUUGCUUGUUCCCGGACCAGAAAGGACAGCAACCGUUCCAUCACUUUCACCCAUUACCGUCUACUCCAUUCGCAUCAUAACUGAGAACGCGCUGGGCCGCAGUAGACCUAGUGAAGUUAUUAACGUCACUACAUUGGAGGAAGCCCCAUCCGGUGUACCGCGAGACGUUGCAGCUCAUUCUACUGGAGCACAUUCGAUCAAAGUGUCAUGGAAGCCACCAUUUGAAGAAGAACUAAAUGGAUAUAUCCUCGGAUAUUACAUUGGAUAUCGCGCUUCCUCUUCAACGGAAAACUUUACUUACAAGCAAGUGGAACAAAAUGGGGGAGAUGAUCAGCAAUUUACAUACAUUACCGGGCUGAAACCUUUUACGAAAUACGACAUAGUUAUUAAAGCAUUUAAUUCCGCUGGAGCUGGUCCAAAAUCAUUAGCAGUAGCUGCAGAAACUUUGGAAACAGCACCACCGACUUCACCAAUUGUACAAAUCAAAGGCACCACCAAAUCCAGCAUAGAACUCACUUGGGAGAAGGAUGCAAUGGACAAAUCAGCUAUAACCGAGUAUACUCUUCAUUAUAAGACGGAAAACGGAGAAUGGGAGCAGAAAAAACUGAGCAGCUCUGUUGAUCGCUACACUCUUAAAGGACUACGAUGUGGUUCAAGAUAUCAUCUUUACAUGACAGCCUCUAACAGCCUGGGAACGGGAGAACCUAGUGAAUCUGUUUAUGCUAGAACAAAUGGAGCGGCUUCAAUGUCACCAAAGGAUACAAAUUUUAUCCACCAAAACUCAACAACAGUCGCACUGAAUCUCAAUGCCUGGCAAAGUGGAGGUUGUCCUAUUAUGUAUUUCACCAUUAAAUACCGGCCGAAAUAUCAUAACCAGUGGACAACCGUUAGUGAAAAAUUAGACAUGCCAGUAGAAGUGUACACUCUUCGGCACUUAGCGCCUGGAAGAGAUUACGUUCUGAUGGUUACAGCGUAUACCGAAGCUGGACUUACUCAAGCAGAAUACAGUUUUAGAACCCUUUACCCUUCUCAAACAGGGCAAACAUCCUUUCCUGCAUAUGGGAAAAGAGAAACAGAAAUGCCAUUUUACAAGAAUGUGACUCUUGUGCUGCCAGUUUUGAUUUCUUUCUUAGUCUUAUUUGCAAUCAUAUUGAUUGUGAUCAUUUGCUUCAGGAAACACUCCCAAGAAAGGAGAGAUUACGGAAUCGAGAAGACUUCUCCACAUUCCUUAAUGCUCAAUGACCUGAGCCAUUCGGAAACAAAGUCACCAAAACACUCACAGUACGCAUGUCCAGAAGGUAUUCACCACUUUUGUGCUUAA